UCCUCUCGCGGGCCCCGCCCCCCAUUCCCGGGCCGGAGACCGAGCGCCCAGCCGCCCGCCCUGCCCCAGGGUCAGCCCCGGUCGCGGCUACAGGCGCGGCGCGGACCCCGGGUAUCGCCGGAGCCCUGGCGAGCUGAGUUCCUGGCUUCCGGGCCGGGGUGCGCCCCUCCGUCCGUCCUAAACCCCGUCCGGUCGCAAGGGGUGUUCCUUGAAUCCCGGAGAUACAGGCUCAGAGCCUGACAGCCCUUGGGAGAGGUGGACUGACUCCAAGCCCCCUCAGUCUCUCCUAGUGCCCAGGUUCAAAAGCUUGACCCAGCAAUGCGCUGCCGCAGAUUGGCCCUGGGCCUAGGAUUCUGCCUGCUAUUGGGCACCGCCCUCUGCUUUCUGUGGGUGUAUGUGGAGAAUUGGCUGCCCUUUUCCUAUGUCCCCUAUUACCUCCCCUGCCCAGAGAUCUUCAACAUGCAACUGCAGUAUAAGGGGGAGAAGCCGUUCCAGCCCGUGACCCGGUCUCUGUACCCUCAGCCCAAGCUGCUGGAGCAGAGGCCUGCGGAGCUGCUGGCGCUUACACCCUGGUUGGCACCCAUCGUGUCCGAGGGAACCUUCAACCCCGAGCUGCUGCACCACAUCUACCAGCCUCUGAACCUGACCAUCGGGGUCACGGUGUUUGCCGUAGGGAAGUACACGCGCUUCGUGCAGCCCUUCCUGGAGUCCGCGGAGCGCUUCUUCAUGCAGGGCUAUCGGGUACGGUACUACAUCUUCACCGAUGACCCCGCAGCCAUCCCUCAGGUCCCGCUGGGCCCCGGCCGCCUGCUCAGCACCAUCCCCAUCCAGAAGCAGGCCCGCCGGGAGGAGAUCUCCAUGCGCCGGAUGGAGCAAAUCAGCCGGCACAUCGCCGAGAGGGCACACUGGGAGGUGGAUUACAUCUUCUGCCUCAAUGUGGACAUGGUGUUCCGGAACCCAUGGGGCCCCGAGACCCUGGGGGACCUGGUGGCCGCCAUUCACCCCGGCUACUACGCUGUGCCCCGCCAGCAGUUCCCCUACGAGCGCAGGCAUAUUUCCACCGCCUUCGUGGCAGACGGCGAAGGGGACUUCUAUUACGGAGGGGCGGUCUUCGGGGGGCGGGUGGCCAGCGUGUACGAGUUUACCAGAGGCUGCCACAUGGCCAUCCUGGCGGACAAGGCCAAUGGCAUCAUGGCCGCCGGGCAGGAGGAGAGCCACCUGAACCGCCGCUUCCUGUCGCACAAGCCCUCCAAAGUGCUGUCCCCUGAGUACCUCUGGGACAGCAGGAAGCCCCAGCCGCCCAGCCUGAAGCUGAUCCGCUUUUCCACUUGACAAGGCCACCAGCUGGCUGAGGAGCUGACAGCAGAGCCAGGGCUGCCCUGGAGGGGUCCCCAAGCCCCACAGCCAGUGCGCCCCAGUGCCUCCCUUCUCGGGCCCCAGGUGAGACCAGUCCAGCCCUGCUUACCUCCGUCUCAGCAGAAAAUGGAGGCGGAAAGUCUUUUGUAAACUGUAAAGGGCUGCACCCACAUGAGAACACAAAGCUCACACAGCCAGGAAGAAGGGAAGCAGAGGUGAAGCGGACAGGGCCCAGUGGGCCCUACCCAGUGGACGUGCCUUUUGGGGCAGGCUCUGGAGUCAGCCCUCCUCCGUGCCUGAGAGUAAAAACUCCGUGCCCACCUCUGCCCCCGUUCUGCUGCCUAUUGCCCUUAAAGUUGCACUUCCAGGCGUGCCUGAGGGGCUUCGUCGGUUAAAUGGCUGCCUUCAGCUCAGGUCAUGAUCCCAGGGUCCUGGGAUCAAGCCCCACAUCAGGCUCCCCGCUCAGCGGAGAGCCUGCUUCUCCCUCUCCCUCUGCCUGCUGCUCUACCUACUUGUGCUCUCUCUAUCUCUCUGUCAAAUAAAGAAAUAAAACCUUAAAAAAAUUUUUUUUCA